AUUACUAAAGUUAACAACAAAUUGAUCUUAUUUGACUGAAAUAAAAGUCAACGAUGUAAGGACAAAAAAGUCAUUGCAUACAAUGACGCAUCCUCCAUAUAUACACACAACGAAAUCUGAGUUUAGUCGGAGACGGAGAGAAAUAAAGGGCGACGAUCGGAGAUGGCGCGAAGCAGAGCUGCGAUCCAGUGGAUCGUGCUCACAGUUACAAUCGUGCUCUCCUUUCUGAUUCAGUCUUGUUUCUCCAUAUACUGUGACGAAGAUAACUGCUACCAUCUCCUUGGGGUGAAUGAAAAUGCAAAUUCGUCUGAAAUUAAGAAAGCUUAUUACAAGCUCUCUCUAAAACAUCAUCCAGAUAAAAACCCUGAUCCUGAAUCAAAGAAGCUUUUUGUCAAAAUUGCAAAUGCUUAUGAGAUUUUGAAAGACGAAGCCACAAGGGAGCAGUAUGAUUAUGCACUUGCUCAUCCAGAGGAGUUUUUCUACAAUACGGCUCGGUAUUACCAUGCUUACUAUGGUCACAAAACUGAUACCCGUGCUGUCCUUGUUGGUCUUCUUUUGAUAAUAUCAUCAUUUCAGUAUAUGAAUCAGUGGACAAGAUAUAAUCAGGCUAUUGACAUGGUCAAGAAAACACCAGCUUAUAAAAAUAAGCUACGUGCUUUGGAGCUUCAACGUUCUGGAGGAGUGGCUAAUAGGAAGAAGGGCAACAAGCAGAUGGACAAGAAGGUGGAAGAAGAACUUGGCAAGGAACUCAACUUGGACAUAAGGGGAACUGAAAAGCCUUCUGUUUGGGAACUAAUUGGAGUCCGUCUUAUACUUCUUCCGUACACUCUGGGAAAGCUGUUGCUGUGGUAUGGAUGUUGGUUCUGGAGGUACAAUGUCAAGCGUGCUCCAUACUCAUGGGAAGAUGCCUCGUAUUUGACACGAAGGUCCCUUCGGGUUUCUCUUGAUUCAUGGAAAUCUAUUGGCGAAUCAACCAAAGAAGAUCUUAUAGAAAGACGGCUUUGGGAGAAGUCCAACUUUGAAAACUAUGUGGCAGAGAUGCGCAAGGAAUCAAAGCGCCGAAGAUAGAAGGCUUUUCUUACUCAAAGCUAUGUGUAGGAUGAGACCAGUUUUGACAGGGAGUAUUCUGACACAUGAGGCCAAAAGUCUAAUUUUAAAUUCUUGAAGACAGCGAGAGCUAUUGCACUGAUAGUAUUGUCAUAGAACUUGGAUUUUCAUGGUCAGCGUCACAGAAUACUAGUACUUACUAAAUAACCAUACAAAAUACAUAUUGAGACGGGAUGCAAGUGCACUGCAUUAGGAGCAAUUUUCGGGGACAAGCUUCUUCUGAUGAGUGCCACUCCCCACAAUGAUUUCGCUGUUGUGAUGCUACUAUGCUAGGUUAGAAUAUGUGGUGAACCAUCUAUAUGUUCUGAAAGCACAUGUAUUCUGUUUCAGAUAAUGAAUUUCAUUCAUGGCUAUGUUGUAUUUGUAUUUACCGGAGUCUUAACUGGUGAACACAAAAAUUGGCAGUGUUAGCUCCACUCAACUUUCUCUCUCCAUUAACUUCAUUCUGACUUUCUGGGACAUGUAUAAGAUUAAAAUUUAGAGUGCUCCUCUUCGUAGGAUA